AUGUCCGAAACUACCAUUCCGAUUGAAACUAUCGGCAGGCUCUUUAAAGAAGUUGCAUUCAAAAAUGCCGACACGCAAAUCACGCGUUCCACAUUGGAAUUGGCGUCGGAAUACAUCAAGCUCUUCGUCAAUGAAGCAGUGUUGAGAUCGAACGAAGAAAGAGUGUUGGAAGGGGAUUCCUUGACCAAGGUCGACGGUAUUGACAACGUUGAAUUUAAGCAGACCCAACCAGGGGAGACCCAGGAUGCAUUAGAGGAAGAAGUCUUUGAUGAUGAUAUUGAUCCCGAAAUUAAUGAGCCAAGCACCCAGGAUCAAUUGGGUGCUAAUAACGAAUAUACAAAUGAUACUUUGGACUCAAGACAUCUAGAGAAAAUUGCAGGAAUAUUGGUGUUGGACUUCUAA